AUGGGCAACGGCGCCAAAGCACAGCAGAAGCGCGAGCGUGCGGCCAAGGACAAGACGGUCGCCAAAUCACAGCUCAAAGUCAACAGCCAAGCCUGCGACAUUCAAUGCGUGAUCUGCAGGUCGACCUUCCUGAAGACCAGCAAAGCCCCUCAGUAUGCCGCAUGCCUGACAUUCCGCGAUCGCAGAGCCCCCGACGCUGACCCUUUUAGGUUGACCGAACACGCCGAGAACAAGCAUGGCAAGGCCUUGACGGACUGCUUCCCCACGUUCGUACAGGCGUAG